AACAUCCUGCAAUUGUGUCAAAAAUACAUGGCAGGAAGCAGGACUCAUAUAAAAGGCAGCAGAUUCCAGUCCUUUCAUGCAUAGUCUUGAAGUGGUCUUAAAAACCACUGACAAUGCGUGCCUCAAUGAUGAGCCUGUUUGCAGCGAUGCUGAUCAUCUUCGCUGUGUCAGUACUUGAUAGUGCAGCUCAAGAAUCUUCCACCGAUUCUUCAACUGUAUCUUCCACUGAAUCAAGUACCAGUAGUAGUAGUACCUCUGGUUCUACUUCCACCACCAAAGCUGGUUCAACCUCCAAAACAACCCCAACUAAGAAGCCCACCACCACAAAGACCACGACUUCCACCACUCCCAAGCCCCCGAACUGUGCUGGAAUGAACUUCAAGGAAAUGUUCAUUCCUAGCGGUAAAAAUAAGCCACCAUGCUGCAGUCCACCUCCAAGUCCUUUACUAUCGUUUAGCAAGUCGGAAACAAUUGCCAAAAAUUGUUCCGCUAGCGAUGCAAGCUCGGCAAUCUUCAGUACCUUUACGCUGAACAAACUUCAGAGUACAAAAAGUGGGAAAAACAACACAUUUGCCCUGAACGAUACAGCAACAAUCAAGACCAUUUUGACUGAUGCCUGCUUUGUUGAUUGCUACCUUACCCGGAAAAAUGCUAGCAUCAAUGGAACAUUGGAUGCUUUAGUACUAGUUUCCCUUUUCAACGCAAAUCAAAAUGAUUCUUGGAGUAAUAUAAUACAAAUUUUGGUCUCUGAAUGUACGGACCUCGUUGCAGCAUUAGAACUACCUUCCCAGACUAACCCCAGCAAAAAAAAUACACCUUGCUACUUGACCGGCUAUCUAGUAACCCAAUGUGUCCUCUUCGGUGCCAUUGGUACAUGCCCAACGGAAUCCAGGGUUUACAAUAAAACUGGCACUACUUGUAAUACCCUGUGGCCUGCAUUUGACAAAUGCAGUGCGCAGCUGUUAUCUAGCAUUGGCUAUACUGACACGUCUCCAUCCUCGGCUCCAUUAAAAAAUAGCGAAAAACAGACAGUCCUUCGCAGCAUCGUGCGCAAACGAUUCUCAGGUUAAAAGGAAAGAUUUUAAAUGCGCUAUACGACGACCGGCAAUGGAUCUGGAAACUGCUUUUUUGUUUGAUAUUUAUAAGAAAAUUUAAAAAAUUUAAUUAGAACUAAUAGCUCAAACUAACUGACAAUAAAAAUUGCAAAUGACUACCAUGCGA